CAGCUGAUAGUGAUAAAUAAUAAUUGUGAAAAUAAAUAAAUACAGAAAUAUUUACAUAUUCAUUAUUCAGUAUUAAUGGUAUAAAAUUGGUUAUAUUUCACAUAAAAUGCUAGGAGGAGUGAGACUAAAAGUAUCCUUUACUCAUGAAAGAUCUUGUUUCGCAUACAUAAGUCCAAAAUAUAGCAGUAACAAUGAACAAUCACAAUGUAUACAAGUAUUGUAUAAAGAAAAACAGCUGUUGCUCUGGGUUGUGUUCAAUACCAACACUCCAGAAGGCUACAUAUCCUGUAAUCCUUUGCAUUGCAAGUUGUUGGGGUUAGAGGAGGGUGCGGAGGUGUUUGUGUCUCCGUAUGGUGAUGUGAAGGUGUUGGAUGAGUUGUACAUAGAUACAGAUAGUCCAGAUGAUCAGGAAAUAUUGGAGCAUAAUGCUGAUGUCUUACAAUUAAGAAUUUUAGACCAAGUGAGGCUUGUUGUAGCAAACCAAAAAUCAGUUGUGUGGGUCUCAACAUCACUCCCUAUUAUAUUUGUACCUAAACAAACUGGUUUGCUAGUAAACCACAGUAGAAUUGUGGUAAAAAUAGAUGCCUUUAACAACUUUCACGCUCGUAGAGACACUAUGGACACUUUGCCACAGGAAAAUAAGAAAUAUACUAAUAUAGGUGUAAUCAAUCAAGGUUUAUUAAGGCCAUAUCUCAAUGUACCAAAGAAACUAGUUUUAAGAGCACUACCAAUUUACAGUGAUGCCAAAAACAUCAAGAAUUUAAUACAUCCAUACACAGUAUUUAUACAUGAAGACUUAAUUGGGGAUUCGUACAAAGAAUGGACUGUUAUAUUAGCUACAAUGCAAAAUAUACCUUCUAUCAUACAAAAUGAUAAUGAUAAUGAAGUGAAUUUAAUUGAUCUGUGUGUGGAAAUAGUCCCAGUGGAUAAUGUUGUGUUUCGAAGUCUCUCACACGAAGUGUACAACAGAAACAUACCAACGGUAUUAAUCCCCAAGUCGUUGAACACAAUUAUAAACAUAGAGAACGGAACAAAGAUCAUAUUCACGAUUGUUGGUGAUUCUGCAGAACAACCGGACCAUAUAGACAUAAUAACAUAUUCAGACAAACCACAGUCGGAGAUGGAAGUCAUCGAGCGAUUCAAGAAGUGCGUUGUAGAGAACACACAUUAUGGUAAAAAGUUUUUGAUAAACGACGACAUGGUGAAACAGAAUACGCACAUAUCGAAUGGGUUUUUGAAGUUUAAAUUGAAACCAGAAAAGUUGAAGUACACAAUGCUGAAUUCGGAGUCGUUCAGGCACUGUUCUGUAUCGGCUAAAUGUUUGAAAGAUACGGAUUUUGAAGCACCUAAACUGACGUUAACGACGUUGGAGUAUGAUGAUAGGAAUUAUUGUAGGUCGAUAAAAUGCAUGCAGGGCUUAGUGGAAAAUGUGUUGGAUCACGUGUAUUUCGAGAUACAUAGAGAAGCCAGUUUUAGGGGUGCCUCAGAUAUUAAGAGUAAUGUUUUGGUUACUGGCCUCAGUGGGCGCGGCAAAACUUCAAUCUGUCACAUGGUACAAAAAGACCUAACUCUCUGGUCCCACAUCCUCCACUGCAGGUCUCUCAAAGGCCGCAAGGAUAUACCGGAAGUGCUCGCCAAAGCUAUCCUAAUGUGUCAAGAACAUAGUCCUUCUGUGUUGAUAUGUGAUGACGUAGAUGCGUUAGUACUGCCCAAUGUGGAGGGCGCGUCGCCACAGGAUAUAGCGUAUUACCAACGAUUAGCGGUUUCCAUCAAGCAGUUGCUCCAAUCGUGCACAGGUGUGUGUGUGCUGAUGACGUCACUUUCUAUGAAAUCACUCCACCCCGUGUUGAGGGAAUUUGGCGGGAAACCGUUGUUCACUGCCCAUUUCGAUAUACCUAUGUUGGAUCAAGAUGAAAGAUCAGAAUUAUUCAAGCAUCUGUUGAAUAAUAAAAUCCGGGAAGCGUUCACGGUAGAGGACGAUGACGUCAUCAAGAUGGCGAUGGACACGGCGGGGUCGAGUGUUCGAGACAUCCUGGAUUAUUUGAAUAAGAAGAUAUUUAAAGCUGUUAAAAAAAAAACGCGGCCCGAGACCCCACGGCCGCGUCUCGUUGAAGAUAUAACGAAGGACAGCAGCAGAGCCAAGGAUUUUGACAUUUGGGGCCCGCUCGGCGGCAUGGAUGAUGUCAAACAGCAGCUCACCGAGUGCUUAUUUUGGCCUAUGAUGUACCCGGCGCUGUUCCCGAGCGCGCGGUGCGGCGUGCUGCUGUACGGGCCGCCGGGCGCGGGCAAGUCGCACGCGGGCUCGUGCCUGGCGCGCCUGCCGCACGCGCUGCUCGCCGUCAAGGGGCCCGAGCUGCUCUCCAAAGUUAUAUAUUCUUCUUCCAGGGCGGACAUGCAACAUCCGUGUAUCUUAUUCUUCGAUGAAUUCGACAGUCUCGCGCCCAGGCGCGGGCACGACUCGACGGGCGUGACGGACCGCGUGGUGAACCAGCUGCUGGCGCGGCUGGACGGCGCGGAGGGCGGCGCGCGCGGGCCCGUGCUGGUGGCCACCUCGCGCCCCGACCUGCUCGACCCCGCGCUGCUGCGCCCCGGCCGCAUCGACCGCCACGUCUACUGCGCGCUGCCCGACGCGAACGGUCGAUACGAGGUUCUGAAGACGCUAUCGCAAGAAGUGACCCUAAAUUCGGACGUGGACUUGCGGAGCCUUGCUGAGAGGACGGAGGGCUUCUCCCCCGCGGACCUAAAGUCGUUGCUGGUCACAGCUCAACUUGGCAGGCUUGAGAGCCAAUUGGUAAAUAGUGACAAUGGAAGAAUGGAAUCCAUCGUGGUGUCCGCAGAGGACAUGGAGAGUGCGCUGGCUGAGACCAAACCGUCUCUCUCACCAGAGCAAAGGGCAUUCUACGAUGCCAUAUACAAGAGGUUCAGGGGCGAACCGCUAUCUUCAGACCAGAAUGCAAUAGCGAAACAAAUGUUCAAGCAAAGAGUCACUCUAGCAUGAGUUAUUGUUAAAUCCCCUUCACAGUAUCCGAUACGAUUGUCGGGUUCGAUUUAUAUCGUAUGUGAAGACGCUUCUCUUUUGCUUAUGAUUUUUUCGUUAUGUAACGAUAUCUACUUGGAAAAAAUUCUGAUUCUGUAAUGGCAAUAAAUUAUUAUAAAAAACACCCCUUGAAUGAAAUACAUUUACUUUAAAAUGUUUAAUUAGAUAGUAAAAAAACGAUAUAGAUAGAUCUAGGACUAAAGUCAUAAUCAUUCCAUUAACUACAAAUAUCUACGUAAUAUAAUGAACUAAUAAAAUUUUACGCAGAGAGCUAAGCAAAGAAAAUGUCAUAUAGUAAGUACUUUUAGGUUUUUAUUAGUUCCUAUUUAUUUUAUGGCUCACAAUAUGUUUUAAACUGAAUUGCAAUAAAUUGCUCAAUGCGUGACAGAUGUCAUCUUUGUCUUCCUGUCAAAGAUAAAUACAAAAGAUAAAUGAAGAAGGAAAGAACGUACAUUAAUUUCCAAAGGCAAACAAAAAUAAAUGAAGUUAAUGUUAAAUAUCCUUGCCUUGAAAUUGUCAUAAUGAUUAACGAGACAAAAUUUAAAUGAGACUUCACAGGAGGCGCCAGGUUUCAGAUAAAAAAAGAAUGAUCAAAAUCGAACCCAAUUAAAUACAGUAGAAAUGAGAAAUAACUAUUAAGAAAUGGCAAUACUUAUAUAUGCUAAUGGAAAGGGGUAAUAAUGACUUAUAUUUACAACUAGUGAUAGUUUUCACAGUUGAAUUGUUAUUUCUAUCCAAUUGGGGGUAAUGGUGGAUCAUUCGGGUGUAUCGAAUUCUUUUUUUAAUUAAAUUAUCUUCAUAUUGUAUGAAUUGUGCUCACAGUUGAAGCGUUACGUAGUUUUUGUAAUAGAUGGCGCUGUUCUUACGCAAGCACAAUUUUUGUUAUUAUUUUAUUGCAAUAUAAACGCUUUUUCAUAUUCAUCUUACCUACACAUUAUUCGUAGUACUCACAAAAUACUCACAAAUCAAAUCAAAUAAUUAUUAUUCAAUCCUGUUGUAUAUAGCAUUUUAAAAAUAACACACUAUAGCAUUAUUUAGUGCAUGUAUAGGUUUGUAGCCCUCAUAGGAAAUCUGUGUCUCAGCAGUGGUAACAUAUACGGGCUGAUGAUGAUGGUGAUGAUAGGUUUAUAAAAUGAUGAACAAAUUAUCGUGCACUUAAAUACAUAAAUGAUACUAAUGUUACUAUAUAAAUACGAUACGACUUUGAAUGUUAUAAUUUUAUGAAUUCUUCGAGCUGUUCGACUUUGCACAAGGAGUCCUUAGAAAAUGUAUAGAAAUUGAAUUCUAAGAUAUAUAAUUAGCCCUCAAUUUAUGUCUUAAUUCACUGCUUGCGUUUGAUUCCAAUGCGAAAGCGAAGCGAAGCGAAGCAAUAGCGUGCAAGAUGAUUUUUUUUUUCAAGUCUUUAAAUAUGUGUUUGAUUUGUAUUGGUAAUAAUGUUAAGUAUUGUGAUGGAUUUUAGGUGCUAAAUAUUUAGGCUUGUUGACUUAAUUGUAUAUUCUGUUGCUAUUUUUGUAUUGAAUUUUUAUUUUAUUGUUGUGAAAUAUAUUGGGAUUGAAUGA